CGGCAGAUUUAUGAGUUUGGCACCGCAUUUGCUUUGUUUUCCCUUGAAAAGUCUUCAUUACAAAGUUAAAACCACCGGGUGUUAUAGUUGUUAUUGCCACUAUUCGGGGGAAAAAAAUGUUAUGCAUAUAGGGACAGGUAAAGUGUGGACUUUUUAAUAGUAUCGAAGGUCUAAGCGCAAAAGCUCCGUCGCUUUAAAUGUGACUGGGUGUUAUGGAGAUGGGGAGGGCUGGGUGUUAUGGAGAUGGGGAGGGCCGGCUUUAGUUUAGGGCUGGCCGAGGAGAGUCCGAAGUCCAUAGUGCAGAAACCUCCAGCUGCUGGGCAGCGCGUAAGUGCCGCGAUCGCAGGCUACAAGGGGGGGGUUGACGAAGGGAUUUACAGGGCAUUGGAGGCGGAGAAGACGGGACGAUCCCGGGGUGAAGCGGAGACUUACAGCGCGUUUCGCCCAGCGGACGGCCGCGGAGAACACGGUGGUGCCGCACGUGUGCGUGACCAAAGACGGCUGCUGUUUUCUGCAGAGGCCUGCAAUGGCUUUGAUGUCAGGCCACCUGGAUUCGUGUGCCCUUUGACCUGAACUCAACUCCUCUCACUCUGAAGCUUUGGCUGUUACUCAUCUGCCACUUGCUCUCCGGUCCGACCCCUAUUGUUAGUUCUUUGGGGUUUUCUCCAAAGCCGCCAAAAUGCCCAUCUUGAAGCAGUUGGUUUCUGGCUCAUCCCAGUCCAAGCGCCGCUCAAGGGCGGACCUAACAGCGGAGAUGAUCAGCGCCCCUCUCGGUGACUUCCGGCACACCAUGCACGUGGGUCGGGGUGGCGAUGCCUUUGGGGACACCUCCUUUCUCAGCACACGAACUGGGGAGCCCCCUCAGAACGGCCGGGCCCAGCCCAGCUCCCCCGGGUCUAAGCCAGGCCUGUUGUCUCGCACCUUCCGCAGCAGCAAGCGCUCGCAGUCCGUCAACCGGGCCGACAAGCAGGAGCAAGCGCCGGCAUCCCCGGAAGAUUGUUUGGUGAAAAAUGCUGUAUCUUUGCCCUAUCUUGCCGAUGAGGGUGGGGACAGCAGAAUCCAGGUGCCUAAGAGCCUCUCCUCCACCCCAUUGAAGAAUCUACCGGAAGUCGACAACAGGCCCCUGAAUGGGGCGGUAGCCUCCAAGGUACCCGAUUUGGAGCUGGAUGAGCGGCGCUUCGGUGAGCUGACAGAACUGCCCCCGUCCACUGGCUUCGGUCGUGGGGGCAUGAAGCACGCAGAGUCCAUCAUGUCCUUCCACGUUGACCUGGGCCCUUCGAUGCUCGGGGACAUUCUCAGUGUGAUGGACAAGAAAGGCUGGGAUGAUGACGACCUUGGCUAUGAGGAAGGGAAGAGCAGUGAGGGGCAUGCAUCACCAUCCCCGCUCGGCCUUCGGGCAGAUGCUGAAGAUGGUGAGGUGGAGGAGCUUCCCGAGCCUCCACUCCGCCCACCACGUGCCCAGGAUGUGGAGAACCAUGACCCGGGUCCCUACACGCCCGAGCCACGGCCCAAGUACCACCGGCACCUCGACAGCUGCUCCAUCUCCAGCUCGGGCUCGGCUGCCCUGGAGGAGAAACCACUGGGCCUCUCGCAAGGGGGUGACACAGAUAGUGCCAAGUUUAGCUCACCACGGGGGGAGGAUGAGAAGGACUUUUCUUUCAUGGAUGAGGACGACGAUGAAAUUCGUGUUUAAAGGGGGAAGACUAAAGUGCCAUUGGAUUUUUUUUCUUAAAAUGACAGAACUUAGCAGCGUUUAAGGCAUGCUGGUAUAGUAUGAAGCUUAGAGUUCCCAAAGCAGACCAUUCCAAACUCCAGCCCCAGUCCCCCUUCAUCUGGAGAAUUCUCCUGCUCUAUAAAAACAAACCCUUAUCACACCAUCUGCCUUGUUUUUCCCCCUGACAGCUGCAGCUGCUAGUCAUUCAACUGUAUGGUGGGGAUCAUUGUCUGACUUAAAUAGGACCAGUCCUGCAAGCCUCUUAUUGACUAUAACAAGCAUUUGAAUUUUCCUUGUUUUAGACAGUGAAUGUUCGACUUUGAGUUUGUACAUUUUUCAUAUUUUUCCAUCGAGGAUGUUGAUAACAUUGCGUCCCUGGUUUCAUGAACACUUGCGUGACGGUGAUGCUCUAAGGACCGACCCUCUACAACUGGAUGUUUCAACGGCGUCAACCUGAUGACGGACCACGUCAUUUGGCCUGUCCCAGAGCCAUCAUGUCCGAGGCAGAUGUCAGUCACAGGGUGACCGGCAGUUUCCCACAAUCCCAGGGAAAGGAUUGUGCGUUUUUCCUCCAAAAUGGAUGCUACUUUAAAAAAAAACUGUGGGAUACUUUUGGGUUUGUGCGAGCAUUCAUCUGAAGAAUAUACAUUUAUUACCAUUUUAUGCAGUUAUUCAGCUUGACUAUCCAGUGGGAUGAGCUGUGUGGAUGUGUUGCAUUAUGGGAAUUUGAGUCUUUGGUCAGGUGUAGCUGGGGUGUCAUUCAGCAACUAGCUACUACUUCUAAUGGAAGACGAGACAGUGUCAGUGUAAUUUUUGAUUUUACUUUUUUGUCAGCUGUGGUACUUGAGUGGUGUCUUCAGCUCCAUCCUUUUAUGGUUUUGGUGCUGUAAGCUGGAUCUGAGGUUAAUUUCUGUACCUGUGGCUGUUUUGGGUCUGUCCACUGGACCACCUGGUCUUGGGUCAGACCCUGGCAGCUGCUGUCGACGUAAUACUGACCUGUAGCUGAAAAGACUCUAAGACACUAAUUCGAUUUUCUACAAGUUCUACGUGUAGUUGAAUGUAUCGUUUCACGUUUCUCGGUUUUAUUUUCCCCAUAUAAAUAGACAUUAACGCUCCCUCUGUUAAAUGUGUGUGUUUUUUUAGCGACAUAUAUUUAGAACCUAUGUAUCACUGACUGACUGUAAUGGGAACGUCUGGAAUGUCGUAUUGGCAUCUCUGCGUUGGGCUUGUGUUGGUGCAUUGACCUGCCAGUUGAGGACCCAACCUUGUCACCGCAGGGCGGAGAAGGAUUGGCAGGUUUGUAGAAGGAUAGAGUCACGUUGGAUGGAGAGAUGUCUGUCUAGAUGCCACUGUAAAAGAACACGGAGUUCCUCUCUUCCUACCACUUGGCAUGCUUUGGGUCUUGCUUGAAGGUGCUGGCUUGUCCUUCCUAACCACACGCAGCGGGGAAACUGGGGGUGUUUUUGUAAGCAUUCUUUUCUAAUGGAUAAUUAGCCUAUGAGGUCAUCAACCUGCGAUGAUAAACGAGAGUUCUUGGAACGUGAAAAGUAGUGGUUUCAGAGGUUGCCUGACCCUUGGGUGUUGGAGGCCCAGAACUUAACAUCGCUUGGACUCUGAGUUUGAAGUGAGAUGCUAAUGUGCCAAAUGUUCAGUCUUCUACUUCUGGGUUGUUAAUGUGAGUUGAUUUGUAGAUGGCAUCAAGAGAACCGCCAAUACACAUGUUCAGUGUUAGCUUAGCUUAGCUAACGCUGUUUUGGGAGCCUUGGAUCAGCCAGUAGAAACUGCUCCAUAAACUACUCUGUUUCACACAAAUUAAACCCUAGUCUAUUGUUUUAAUGGUCACCCAUAUCAGGCUCCACAGUGUGUGAGAUGCAGAUGCAGCCUCUGUGGGGCUUCCUUCUCUCUGUCAGACCACAUGAUGGACACAAAGGCCUUGCAUCUUGGGCCACGCGCCAUGCCUUUGCUCGCUAAGGGGUCGUCUGCUGCCUUUGGCACAAGGAUGCUGGGUCACCUGGGAAUAAGGGGCCUGUGAUUAAAGCCAGUGGUGCAGAUGGUUAAGCAGAACAUGAAGAAAAGCAGAUGCCAGGUUUAGGGUUAGGCUGGUGAUUCUUCUGCCUCUGCUCUGUUCUGAAAUUCUUAUUUCUUUCUUCACACUAAAACGUAAAGAUUUAUAUUUACUUUUCACUUUCGAAUAAUGGCUUUAUUUUUCAAUAAAAGAUAAGCCUGGUAAUCUUGACCAAAA